UCGUUCGUGUUUUGUGGCACAGUAACUAGAUCUGUACUGUAUAUUGCACGUCGUUGUCCUCUUGUCGUUGUCUCGCGCGUUCAAUUAGACAAUAAUUCGUAUAGGUAAAACACCAUCGGGGUCAAAAGUGCAUUCGUUAGUUUGCCCGAAAUUCCGCAUCGGAUUCAGUGCUACGCACGGAGAUUGCCCCAGGCUUUCAUCACGGUACAAUAAAACAGAAGGCAACGUUUAUUAAACUAAAACAGAUCGGUAUCUGUUUUGCAGCCGAAAAGAAAACGGGAUAGAGUUUACCCCUCUCGCGCUCGCCCCGCUUCGACAUCAAAAAGAAAAGAAACAGUGUUUUCCCUUCUUCACACGUCCCGCACCAGUGUAGUGUUUGAUAUUCAUUCUAAUUUUUCGUGUCGGCCACGGAUGGGGUGCGGUCCCAAAAUAAAGAUUUCCCGUUUUCGAUACUGUGCUGUGGUUUGUUGUAGCCCUCAAACCAACUGCCUACGGUAGAGGAGGCCGAGCAAAGCAAGUCCCGGACCAUCCGUGAAAAGAAAAACAAGUUGAAUCCACUGAUUCGGUUCUCUACAGAGGCAAAAACCCUGUUUUUCCCUGCUGGUGUCGCGAUGUGUGUACAAGUGUUAUCAGGGUGAACAAGAUUACAAGAAAUUCUUUUUCUGGAAGCAGCAAAGAGAGAUUAUGAAAGUGAAAUAGUCAAGGCAGGAGCUACAAUGAGCAAGCAGCAGUGAAUUAAAAAAUGGUGGACAGUGGUUGACAUUCCUUGGUUCGCGCAGUCUUCAUCCGGUCGCUUGCUUCAGUGAUUCCUUGUUGGUGACGGUUGCUUUUGUGCGAAUUUCCGCUCAAGAAUACUGGGAAUUGCCCUAAAUUGGUCUGCUCGCAGACGUGUUUAAUUUCUGAAUUUCCUAAAUAUUUUUUUUAUUAGGAUUUGCUUAGUUUUACCUCAUGAACGUAAUGUAGUAUGUGCUACGUAAUUGUUUCGACUAACGGCUAGCAGUGUACAAAAAUAGUGAUCAGUGUUUUAAGUCAUUCGCCAGCUGGAGUGAAACCGGGAACGCUAGUGGAAGCGUAGUGCACACGAUAGAUUGUGGAUGCUGCCAGGAAGAGCAGAGUGUUAUUAAUUAGAGCGUCCAUCGUCAGCUUCGCCGUCGUUUUGAGACGGGACCGGGAAGAGCUCCGCAGCACAUCUCGGUCGGCUACGUACAGGCCACUCAGCUCCACUAGAGCACAGCUGGAAUUGAAAACGAACCCGAAAAUGUCACGGCUAGCCGAUUACUUUGUAAUCGUUGGAUACGAUCACGAGAAAGAGCGAACCGGCACACGAAAUGGCAAAAUCAUUCAACGUUUCCCAGAGAAGGACUGGCCCGAUACACCGUUCAUCGCCGGCAUCGAAUGGUUCUGCCAACCGCAGGGCUGGUCGCUGUCGACCGUUCGCCAGGAGCCACAGUUCUUCGUGUCCGUACUGACGGACAUCGACGCCAACCGGCACUACUGCGCCUGUCUCUGCUUCAACGAGACAAUCGCAAUCACCCCCAGCAAGCCGAUCGACGAAGAGGAAGAGGACGAUAGCCUGUCGGCGACGAGCAGGGCACUGCUGGCCGCCAGCAGUGGGCCUCCUUCGAUAACCCACCACAGCAUAAUGUAUGCCCCGAAAUGCUUGGUGAUCGUUUCCCGCCUGGAUUACAUUGAAACCUUUCGGAACUGCCUGGGAACGAUCUACACCGUGUACCUCGAAAGUUUCAAAUUCCACCUGCACCAUCUUAUCGGCAGCAUACUGGGAUGCAUCCAGGUGCCCCCACCCGGGGGACCUCAGGUUAGGUUUUCCAUCGGUGCCGGUGAUAAGCAGGUCCUGCAACCGCCCCUCUCUCACACACUUCCGGUGACGGGAUCCUGCGUCAGUUUGCUGUUUCAGCAGCUGGGAACGAAAAAUGUGAUGCUCCUGUUUUGCGCGGUUAUGACCGAACAUAAAAUACUCUUCCACUCGACCAGCUACUCACGGCUAACGGACAGCUGCCGAGCAUUGACCGCACUGAUGUAUCCAUUCCGCUACAGUCACGUUUACAUUCCGAUUCUGCCGGCAUCGCUGGUGGAAGUUCUGUCCACACCGACGCCGUUCAUCAUGGGUAUUCACAGUGCGAUGCAGUCGGAGGUGACCGAAGUGCUGGAUGUGAUAGUGGCCGAUUUAGACGGGGGAUCGAUACACAUACCGGAAUCGCUAGUACCUCCGGUAGCGAAACUUCCACGCGCCCUGUGGGAAGCGACCGAGAAUGCACUGCAGUUAGUGCUGCAUCCGGAACUGGCACUAGCCGACCUUGCCUUUCCGCCGAAUGUCAACAACAACAAUAACAACGGCGCGGGUUAUGGCUUUCGGACGGAACACAAAACGGAUGCCAUGCUGGACAAGGAAAUACGGGCCGUGUUUAUGCGGUUAUUUGCCCAACUGCUGCAAGGUUACCGCUCCUGUUUGACACUGAUCAGGAUCAACCCAAAGCCGAUAAUUCAAUUCCAUCGAGCAGGGUUUCUGGGAGCACGCGAUUUGGUGGAUUGCAACUUUCUAUCACGAGUCCUGGAUAGUAUGUUUUUUACGGGAUUUGUUACGGAACGAGGGCCUCCGUGGCGACCCUGUGACGCGUGGGAUGAACUGUACAGCUCAAUGAAUGAUUUGCUCAAACAGGAAGCGCACGAUCCGGGCCUAGUGCUGGUGCACAUCCAGGAGCUGGCGAAGCAGUUGUACACUAAUGAAAAUCCAAAUCCUCAACCGUAUCAGCAGAAGAUUUUGCGACCACCAGAGGGUGCAUUCGAGCGCAUUCAUCAGCCUCCGAUGCCGCUGAUCGAUGCGCAGGAGGUUCAGAGUGUGAUAAACAAUGGACUGGCGGCGAACGAUCUGCAAGCUAGACUGCAGACCAUUCGACCUACGCCGAGAAUUGUUCCGAUGGGACCCUAUCUCAAGGCGGCCCCCGAGCUGCGGCCGAUUGUGAACAACAGUGCCAGAAAGUUGGAAGUGCUGAAAACCUGCAUAAGCUGUAUUUUCGACAAUAAAAUUACGGAAGCGAGGAAAAGUUUUCCGGCCGUGCUUCGAAUACUGAAGCAGCGGGAUGCCCGGUCGACGCUGUGCCGAGAGUUGGCCAAAAUUGCACACGGAAAUAAGCAGCUGGAUCAUCAGCAGUUUGAUCUGGUGGUUAAGCUGAUGAACCGCGCACUGCAGGACGACUCUUCGAAGGAUGAGUACGGCGUUGCGGCUGCGUUGUUACCGCUUUCGACUACCUUCUGUCGGAAGCUGUGUACCGGAGUGAUACAGUUCGCUUAUACCUGCAUUCAGGACCAUCCGGUUUGGAAAAAUCAACAAUUCUGGGAGGAUGCGUUCUAUCACGAUGUGCAAAACUUUAUCAAGGAGCUUUACCUGCCCCGGCACAGCACAGCGGACAAGUCAAGCUACGGCGGCUGGUCUACGGUGGAUAAUGGAUUACCUCAUUCGACGUCGCGUGAUAAAAUGGACCGAGCAACGUUACUGUCGAGGGUACAGGAACCAUCGGCACUGGAGAUUGCCGCCGAUCAAAUGCGCAUUUGGCCGUCCGUCGAUGCCGAAAAGCAGCUGGAGCUAAUCAGUUCGGAGGAGAAAACCCUCUACAGUCAGGCCAUUCAUUACGCAAAUCGAAUGGUAUUCCUGUUGAUUCCCCAGGAUGUCAACACCGGCGGUAAGGUUCAAAAAAUGGAUUCUCACGCGGAUGACGACGCUAGCGUUUCGAAUAGCGUCAUCGAAUCGCACAGUCACAGCGAUCACAGUGACGAAGGGUUUGAGGAUAACGAUCCCGGCGAGGUGGGCUCUCAGGUGGGCAAAAUGGUGUGUAAAUUUAUCGAUCGGGUGUGCAAUGAGGGAAACGUUACCGCGGAGCAUUUGCGAAAUCUCCACCAGAUGGUACCUGGCGUCAUACAGAUGCACAUCGAAACGCUGGAGGCGGUCAAUCGGGAGGCCAAACGGAUUCCUCCCAUUCAGAAGCCUAAACUGCAGUAUCCGUCGCUUCUGCUGGGAGAGGAAAUUAUCGGCGAACCCAUGCGGGUGUACCUGCUGGCGGACGGCCGAGAGGAGAAGGAAGUGGGUAAUUCGAAUCUACUGCCGGCGGAGGGAGCUCUAUUUCUGACAAACUACCGUAUCGUGUUCAAGGGAUGGCCCUGCGAUCCGUACUGCUGCGAGCAGAGUAUCGUGCGGGCCUUUCCAAUCUCAUCGCUAACCAAAGAGAAACGUCUAACGGUGAUCUACCUGCAGCAUCUGGAACAGGUGCUGCAGGAAGGUAUGCAACUGCGGUCCUGCACCUUUCAGCUGAUCAAGGUGGCAUUCGACGAAGAGGUGAUGCAGGAAGCGAUUGAAACAUUCCGGAAGACCGUGCAUAAAGUGCGCCAUCCGGAGGAUGAGUUCGGCCAUUUUGCGUUUGCCACCACGCACGGGAUUGCAAACCCGACGCCACUGCACAAGGUGAAGGAAAAAAAUGCCACGCUUAAGGACUUUGCCAAAAAGACUCUACUGCGAACGGCGAAGAAGGCGGGAUUCAAGCAGAAAGGUGCUACGAAGCGGAAGUAUAUUUUGCCGGGGGCCGAUUUUGAGGAAACCUACGGGAGUAGUGCGACGGGGAUUAAUGAGAACCCGGAGGAUGAAGAUGGUUCGGAUGAGGGUGCAGAUACGAUGCCCCGAGUGACGGUGAAGGACGUUGAACGGCUGAAGGAACGCAGCUACGUUAAGGAUUGGUUUCGAGUGGGACUGGGGGAUGUGCAAACCGGUUACCGAAUAAGCUCGAUCAACUGUAACUACAGUUUGUGUAGAACGUAUCCGGCGAUGUUGGUUUGUCCCAAAGAUGUUAGUGACGAUGCACUGCGGAACCUUUCCCGGUGUUACAAACAUCAUCGAAUACCUACCGCCACGUGGAGACACAAAAAUGGAGCAACACUGCUGCGAGGCGCGGUUCCAUUGGCCAAGGGUGUCAUGGGAAUGCUUAAAGGACACCCCGGCUCAUCGAACACCUCAGCAGAUUCAGCCAGCUUUCAGGAACAGGAUCGAUAUUUCGUGUCAGUAAUUAAAACCACACCCCACACUCGACCGAUUCGACACACCUGGGGUCUGUCCGAUUCCAACAGUUCGUUGGAUUCGCUGACACAAGCAGCCAAUAUACCCAUCUACAUGUCCCGCUUGGAUAAUUCAACCCUCACGCCGGACGCCGGCCGGAAAAGCAACAAAGGCAACAAUGGGCUGUAUUCGAUAAACAAUUCGUCCUUCUCGAGCUUUGGAGCGAUCCGACCGAACCCGAAAACCAACAAAUGGGGCUCACUGAAACCCACCAGUGGCGGCGGAGCCGCUUCCCGCGAAAUUCGGGACCACUGGGAUCCGCAAUCGUCGCAAAACUACACCUUCCAACGUGUGCCAUUGUAUUUCCUCGGCGAAAAGUCCCAGUCCAAGUCGGCCAAACUGUCGGAAAUGUGGGCUGAGUUCAUACCGGUCGACUACACGGACGUGCGGCAUUCGCGGAAUGCUUUCAAAAAGCUAAUGCGAGCUUGCCUGCCGUCCUGCGUCAACACCGAACCAGAUCAAACCUUCUCCCGGCUGGUAGAGCAGUCGGAAUGGCUGCAGCAGAUCCGUGGUCUCCUGCAGCUGUCCGGUGCCGUGGUUGAUUUGAUGGAUCUUCAGGAGUCCAGCGUAACGCUCGCGCUCGAGGACGGCUGGGAUGUGACGGCUCAGAUUUCCAGCCUGGCCCAGCUGUGUCUGGAUCCCUACUAUCGAACCAUCGAAGGUUUCCGCGUGCUCAUCGAGAAAGAAUGGCUUGCGUUCGGUCAUCGCUUUGGCCACCGAAGCAAUCUCAAACCGAACAGCAGCUCUGGCUCUCCGUUCGCUCCAACCUUUCUGCAGUUUCUCGACGCAGUCCACCAAAUCCAGUCCCAAUUCCCGCUAGCCUUCGAAUUCAAUGAAUUCUACCUUCGAUUCCUAGCCUACCAUCACGUCAGCUGUCGCUUCCGAACGUUUCUGUUCGACUGCGAACUGGAACGGGUCGAUUUCGGUAUCACCGCCAUCGAUGACAAACGUGGUUCACUCAACUCCCACCACAAACAUGUGGUGGAGACGUUGACCGUUUCGGAUGAUGACAACAUCUACCCGGGUGGGGUUGGCGGCGGUGUCGGUCGUGGCAAUCAUGCGUCCAACACGCAAAAGUUCGGCCCGUCGCUGUUCGAUUACAUCGAACGGCAGCACGCCAAGAAUCCGAUCUUCUACAACUUCAUGUACACCCCGGAUCCGGAGCGAACCGUGCUGCGGCCACAAAGCUCCAUCUCCGUUCUGGAAGUGUGGUCGUACUAUCUGGACGAAGAGCUUGCGCAAGGACCCCCGUACGAUCCCGAACUGGUUUGCAGCGAUAACCUGGAGGAGGAGAGCGACUACAUCAGCAGUAGUGGCAGCGGAAGUGGAAGUGGAAGUCUGGUUAACCGACAGCCCCGCCGGAAGGUGGUCUCCGUUGGCUACGACAGUUUGAACAAGUACGAUGCCGACGUGUUCUCCCGUCUGCUGGAGGAGCUUAAGAAUGCCGAAGCCGAACGAGGGCUGUUGCCGCAAAAGUGGCGCCAAGUGUGGGACAAACUCGAGCUGCCACAUUCGGAUUCGCUCACGCGGCAUGCUUCGUUCAGCAGUGCUUUGGUGCGGUGUCACGGCCGGUUGCUCCACAAGAGAUCCACACUUGAAAUCAUCAUGCGCGGACGGCAGGUCGGCUAUCAUCAGGAAAACUUCCUCCAUCCACAUCGGUUCGAGAAGCACGCCUACUCGGCUCCGAUAAACUGCAACCACUGCGGUAACGUCCUGUGGGGACCACUCCUCAAUGGAUUACGGUGUGUCGACUGUGGUAACACCUACCACGAAAAGUGCGCCGAAUCGGUGCCGAAGAACUGCACCAAGUACAAGGCGGUAGAGGGUAAUCCGCCGACGUUGGCUCGCAACCAGGGCGACAACUGUAGCGUCUCGUCCAGCGUGAAUACGGCCAAUACCACCAGCCAGCACUACUACGAUCAGUACAGCAGCAACGUACCGGACGAUAGAACUCAUGAAGGAUAUUUGUACAAACGAGGUGCAAUACUGAAGAACUGGAAGCAGCGGUGGUUCGUACUGGAUUCUCACAAGCAUCAGCUACGGUACUACGAUGCCAUGGAGGACUGUAACUGUAAAGGGUUUAUAGAUCUGGCCGAAGUGCAGUCCGUUGCACAGGCACCUACACAAGCCGCACCGGUACCUUCCAAAAAAAUUGACGAAAAGGCAUUCUUUGAUCUGAAAACGAGCCGACGCACGUACAACUUCUACGCCGCGGACGCAUCCAGUGCCCAGGGCUGGAUCGAAAAGAUACAGGCCUGUCUGCAGUAGACGACGACGACGAAGAUCGACGACGCUCGAGCGGCGCAGUCGCUUUCCAAUAGCAUGUACAACCCCCCAGUCUCGAAAAAUAAAACGGAAUCCCCCCCUUUCAGCAUCAGCCAGCAAGAUAACUUUGAAUUUCCCAACGGAUUUCGAUCGACACAUACUCAUCGAUAGUACAUAUACACAUAUAUACAUAGGUAGGUAAUAGAGAUUUUAGACGCAAUCAUCCGAUAGGAAAGUACCGUGUGGAGAAAUGCGCGUGCAAAUGUUAGGAACGGAGAUGCAAUUUCAUAUCAAGUGCAUGGAUGAUGUCGUGCACGGGUGAAGAGAAGGACGGGCUUUAGUUUACUGUAAUAGUGAAUAGGAUAAUAAUCAACACUUGCUUGAAGACAUGUUUUCAGCUUCAGCUCCACGGGCAGUGAUCGGCUAGCGAACCGACCAAGGUCGAAUCAAUAAUCAAAACGAAAUGCAAGUAUUUAUCUGUGCACACGUGUCAUUCUAUUUGUUUCGCAUUUUUCUUAUAUAAAAAUUUUUUCGGUACAAUGCUGGUAGGUAUCAAAUAUGUAGACAUAUUACUAAUAAGAAAAGACGAAGAACUGUGUCAUAAGAAAGAGAAUUCUCGGAAGAAAAAAUAAGCAAUCCAGAGAUAAUGUUAAACUAGGCUCAUUCAUCCUGUUUCCCAGCAUUUUCCGGGGAGUCAUCCUGGCACUAAAAGAUUUUUUACGACAAUUAUUGUUUUCAUUUUCUUCAACGCGCAUUUAUUUUCUAUUCAAUCGGUUAGCAGGACGUUCUUUCAAAAAGAACUUGUCCACCAAUGCUACUACCAUUCAUUUAUCAUUCUAAAUACCAUCCAAGCUGCAACUUGUAUUAUAUUAUUAUUAUUAUUAUUAUUAUUACUACUAUUUUACUCUCUAUUUGUUUCUAAGUGUUGUAUCGUUUCAAGUUCGGCUAUACGUUAGGGUUAGCAGAAACAGCUCAAAUAUGUUAAGUGUCGUGCAUCUGCACCGGAUCGUGGGGCACCCUCUCAGCUUGGAAAGAAUUUCAACCUACCGCGUUUAUGUAGAUUAUUGACAAAUUUCAUACUCUAGGUGCCUAUAAUACAUUUCGAUUUCCUCUGUUCGACUUCCAACCGACAAACCUUCGAUGUGAUAUGCUGCUUUAUAUUGUUUAGCGUUUACUUUAUGCUAGUUCUAAACCGUACAAUACAUAUAAGAAUAAGUCGGACCCAGUGUGCCGUUAGUUUUGUACAACUAUUUCCCAUUACACACUACACAACACUGUUCGCAUUGCAUCAUGAAAUAGACGGCAAGGAGGGGGGGGGGAUGCGAAUCAGCAACGAGAAGCACUCAUCUCCAACACUUACACCAGUGAAGUAAGGGACCAUUCCUGUGUAAUCACACUACCCGUUUCAUUUCCAGUACAAACUGUCUUCCCAGCGUUCUUCAGGAUUCGAGCGAUCCUCCUACGUUUACCAUUUCCUUCCAGUAGUGUAUUACUGUUGUUACACUUCAGUACUUUGAAGUGCGCUAUAUGCCUCUAUCCAUUCAGUUGCUUUUCGUACCAUAAUGUACCGUUGCAAAACUAGCGUUUAGCUAAAGCAAACAAUCUACAGAAUUAGAAACGUAAACGUAAAAAAAAAUCGACCGGAACGUAGGACUUCUAACCAAUAUUCGAUAUUAUAUAGUGGAUAUUAUCCCAGCAUCCUGUACAAAUUUUCAAACAACUAGUUCUUAGUAGGUAACGUGAUUGUCUAGCAAAGAAAAAAAAAGCAUGAAGAAAAUGUGAAUGAAAAAUAUAAGUGUCUAUAGGUCAAAACUAUUACUAUU